AUGAAAUUUAGAUGUAGAAUGGUGGAUGUAGUCGCAAUGAGAGACUUCACAAACAUCGUUAACAUUAUUUCUCGGAUAACAAAACAUUGUACCUUGCGAUUAACGUCGGACCAGUUGUGCUUCAGCAUCGGUGAAGAUCGAGCGUCGUUGUUUUGGGCGGAAUUAACACAAACUCAUUUUUUUACUGAAUAUAUUAUGAACGGAGUCACAGAAGAACAGAAUGAAAUUUAUUUAGAAUUCGAGGCUUCUAUGCUAGCUAGAUCGCUCAGUUCCCUCCGAAUGACCGCGAAAAGCGUAAAAAUAAAGCUAACAAAUAAAAGACAGCCUUGUCUUACAUUGGAAAUCGAAUUACCUUCCUUAAGCAUAGAGCAAUGUUUGCAUGAUGUACCUGUCAGAGUUAUACCACGCCGUGAAUGGGCAGACCAUCAAGCACCAAAUAUACCGGAAUUUGAUAUAUCAGUCGAUAUGCCUCAACUACGAAAUGUAAAGGGUAUCGUGGAGAGGAUGAAAAACAUGAGCCCUCGAAUAACCAUAAGUGCUGACAAGUCUGGCACAUUUGUAUUGAAAAUUGAGACGGAUAACGCGACAGUGUCUACGCAUUUCCAAAAUUUACAAGUUUGGAGUUGCAGUCAACAGGAAUGUGAAGAUAAAAUAUCGGCUACAGUGGACAUCAGAAAAUUUCUUAUGUUUUUGGCUUGGGACGUAGUGCAUCCCGAAAGCGUGAAGUGUAACAUACUGCAAGACCAGAUGGUGAACUUGUUUCUACAAUUAUCGGAUUAUCUUAAAAUACAUUAUUUCCUUCCUGCAAUGACCACUUGA